AUGCCUAGCCGUCAUACUAAAGAGAGGAGAAAAACUUUGCUGAAAUUCGACAAACAUGUUUUCCCCCCAACUGUUCUACAGACACCUUGUGUACGGACUACUCAUUACCAACAUGUCUUGGCCAUGGCAUUUGCUGUGAAGGAAAUCAAUGAAAACCUUCAGCUCUUACCCAAUGUCACCUUGGGCAUCCACGUAUGUAACAGCUACUUCAAUGCAAGAGAGACCUAUCGUGCCACAAUAGAACUUCUCUCUACAAAGAACAGACUUAUUCCCAACUACAAGUGUGACUUCCAGAAAAAUCUAAUAGCAGUCGUUGGAGGACUUGAAGCUGAAACCUCCCUCUACAUAGCAACGGUGUUAUCCAUCUAUAACAUUCCACAGGUCACCUAUGGCUCUACUUCAUUAAUGAAUGAAACAUUCUCAGGGCUUUCUGUCUAUCGGAUGGUCCCAAAUGAAGCCCAGCAGUACAAAGGGAUCCUCCACUUAAUUCUGCAUUUCAGGUGGAUAUGGAUUGGGACAAUCGUUGUAGAUGAUGAACGUGGAGAAAGAUUUCAGCAAGCCAUGGUUCCUCUGUUUUCUCAGAACGGCAUCUGUUUGGCCUUCAUAGAAAAAAUCCAACAAGUCACAACCAUAGAUUAUUAUUUUGCCAUGAUGCAAUAUGGAUGGAAAAUGUUUAAUGUUAGAAUGGAGAGUAAGGCCAAUGCAAUUGUCCUUUAUGGAGAUACUGGGUCUAUCUCAUAUCUGAGAUGUUUGAUGAAAUUCUCAGAGACAGGCUACAUGACAGCAACAUCAAAAGGAAAAGUGUAUGUUAUGACCAUUCAGAUGGAUGUAGCAUCAUAUUUUUAUCAAAGAGAUUGGAAAAUAGAAGUCCUUCAUGGUGCUAUAGCCUUCACUGUUCACACAAAUGAACCACCGGGAUUCCAGGAAUUUCUUCAUACCAGAAAGCCUACUUGGACUAAAGGAGAUGGCUUCAUGAGGGAAUUCUGGGAACAGGCAUUCCUCUGCCAGUUCUCAGAUUCAGUGGUGGAAAAGGGGUUUAGUACAGAUUGCACUGGGGAGGAGAAGCUGGAGAGCCUUUCUGCAGAUGUUUUCGAAAUGGUUAUGACUGGCCCCAGCUACAGUAUCUACAAUGCUGUUUAUGCUGUGGCACAGGCUUUACAUAACCUGAAUUCAGCUCUUUACGGUCAUAGAAGAGUGAUGACGAGAAAGAAAUUUAAUCUCUUCAGUCAACCAUCAUGGCAGCUUCACCACUUUCUAAAAAGUGUUUCAUUUAAUAACAGUGCUGGGGACCGGAUUUCAUUUGAUACCAGUGGAGAAAUUUCAACAGGGUAUGAUAUUAUCAACUUUGUCGCUUUCCCAAAUCAAUCUUUCUUUAAAGUGAAAAUUGGAGAGUUUCAUCCAGAAGCUCCUGCAGACCAAAUGCUUACCAUUAAUGAAAAUGGCAUCACAUGGGACAGCUGGUUCAACCAAACAAAGCCCCUUUCUGUCUGCAGUGAAAGUUGUCACCCUGGUCAUAGGAAGAAGAUGAGGGAGGGGGAGCCAUUCUGCUGCUAUGACUGCAUUCCGUGUCCAGAAGGGAAGAUUUCUAAUCAGAAGGACUUGGACGAGUGUAUCACUUGCAGAGAAGGUCACUAUCCAAACAUGGGACAAAAUCGAUGCAUUCCCAAAGAUGUCACUUUCUUGUCUUAUGAAGAGCCAUUGGGGAUCACUUUAGUGACUUUUGUCCUUUUCUUUUCUUUCCUCACACUCUUGGUGCAAGGCAUCUUUAUGAAGCACCACAGCACCCCCAUUGUCAAAGCCAACAACAGGAACCUCACCUAUUCUCUCCUGAUCUGCCUCCUCCUGUGCUUCCUUUGUGCUUUGCUCUUCAUUGGUCAACCACAACUGGUGUCGUGUCUCCUCCAACAAACCUUUUUUGGCAUGGUCUUCUCGGUUGCCCUUUCUUGUGUGCUGGCAAAAACUAUCAUGGUGGUUCUGGCUUUCCUGAGUGUCCGUCCAGGAAGCAGCCUGAGGAAAUGGGUGGGGAAACGGGUGGGCAAUUCGAUUGUGAUUUUCUGCUCCCUUUUCCAAGCAGCCUUUUGUUUUGUGUGGCUGGCAACUUCGCCUCCUUUUCCAGAUGUUGAUGUGCACUCAGAGACUCAAGCAGGUGUACUGGAAUGUAACGUGGGAUCUGUCACCAUGUUUUACUGUGUCCUGGGCUACAUGGGCUUUCUGGCCAUUGUUAGCUUUGGGGUGGCUUUCUUGGCCAGGAAGUUACCUGACAGUUUCAAUGAAGCCAAGUUUAUCACUUUCAGCCUAUUGGUCUUUUGCAGUGUUUGGUUGUCCUUUGUUCCAACAUACCUCAGCACCAAGGGAAAAGCCAUGGUGGCCGUGGAGAUCUUCUCCAUUUUAGCCUCCGGCGCUGGGCUCUUGUGUUGCAUCUUUGCCCCCAAAUGUUACAUUAUUUUGCUGCGGCCUGAGCUGAACAACAAGGAACAACUGAUAAGAAGAAAAGGGCAAUAA